AAGCUAAAUGCCCAGUAUGCAAAAAGGUACAUACACAUCGAGACAUAUGGGGUAAUUGGAGCUGUCUAGGUAAAGAUGAUCACUAUUUUCUUAAUUGUCCAUUUCGUAUUGAUCAAAAGAAAGUUAUUAUUGCUAUACAGAAUUUGCCGGAAAGUGUAUCGAACAAACCUCGAGAAACAGAACCUUGUUCACCAACUCAUCCAAACAAAAAUCACCUUUAUCAGUAUGCCAUCGAACAUGGAAUAGAUCCCGAAAGAUUUUCAGUUAUUACAGAGGCUGAGAAAAAAAGGUGGAGCAUGGGAUGCUUCCGUGGUGAUUUGGAGAGAGAUAUACGAUUCUAUUGUGGAGGAAUAAAAAGGAAUGAAGAUACCAGAAAAUAUCAUAAAUUUUUAACAGAUCAGAAUAGGCUGGUUGGUGAAGAGUUAUCACGUUGUGGUAUACUAAAAAGCGGUUUAAGUAAUGCAUGA